AUGACAGAACCCACAUCUACACCAACACACAACCACCCCUCCCAAACCCAAGGCCUCCUCAGAGAAAUGAACACCGCAGACCUACAGCGGCGACCCUGGUAUGCGGUGCUACUCGCACGUCAUCAUCAAAGAAAAAACACAGCCGUCGCACCAGAUACUGAUUACGCUACCGACGACGAGGAAGAGUGGCUCUCUUCCGAUUUUUCUUAUUCUGAUUCCGAAGACGAGGAAGAUGAGGAAGAUGAAGAAGAAAGCGAGUCUGAAACUAUUCUUUUAGAAGACUCAGACUCCAAAGACUCGAUGGAAUCUUGUCAUCUUUCCUGCUCUUCCACCACCACCCCCUGCCCAAACGACGACGACGACGAUGACGAGAUAGUAUCUUGCCAUAUUCUUUGCUCCAACACCCAUCCCUACGCCCUCCAAAUCCACUCCCUCUCCCCCUUCCCCUUCCCUUUCCUCCCCCCCUUCUCCCUCUCCCCCUCCCUCUCAUCGUCAGACGACGACAUCUGGGCCCUAGCUUCCCCCCAAAACAACAUGCAAACUACCCAGCAUCCUCAUCGGCAAAAGCCAGAGGCUCUUAUACGCGAGUUUGAAAAGAGCGUUGAGGAGAGUCUGGCGACACAUGUUCGAGUGAGUGAGUGGCGUAGGGAGGUACAUGCGGAGAUGGAGAGGUUGAGGGUUGAGCAGGAGGAGGAGCAUGAGAGGUUAGCGGAGGGGGUGGAGCAUGAGGAGGGUGCGCGAGGGUGGCGGCGGUGGUGGUGGUGGGUUUCCGUGGGGGUUAUUGGGGUAGGCUUGGCUGGGAUGGGAUGGGAUGGGAGGAGGGCGUGGGAUUCGGAAGAGGAGUAUUAUCUUUAA